UAUAAAUACCAUCUUCCCGCCAAACUCCAUCGUCUACCCUCUGCAAAUCCCCGUAAAAUUCCCGCCAUUUCUUCCCAUUCUCCCCCAAUAUCUCUCUCUAUUUCUUCAUCCUUCCCUCCAUACUCUCUCUCCUCUUCUCCCCCUCUCUCUCUCCUACGUUUACAGUACAACUUUCAUCAAUGGCGCCUUCACGCAAGGUCACCAAUGGCAGAUCACCAUUAGUCAAUAAACAACACCAAAUCACCGCUUUCUUCACCAAAGCUGCUUCAGCUUCUCCUUCGCUCAAACCCAAUCCCAAAUCCUCCCUUCCUAAACCUAAUCAAACCCCAAUUCCUAAUUCCGAAAACCCUAACCCUAACCCUAGUAUCAGUCCGGGUUCAUCUCCCCCAACGACUCCUUCCCCUGUUCACGCAAAAUUGAAGCCUAAAUCUACACCCAAGCCUCUAUUAGUGAUAGGGUCUCAAAACCCCUCUCCGUCACCUCCGGAAUCGACAUUUCCGGUUUCUGCGAAUAAUUUGUAUAGGGAGGAAGUGGUGAAUCGGAGAAUUAGGGUUUAUUGGCCGUUGGAUAAGGCGUGGUACGAGGGGAGGGUGAAGUCGUUUGAUAAGGUUUCUGGGAAGCAUUUGGUGGAGUAUGAUGAUGAUGAGGAGGAAACGAUUGAUCUUUCUAAGGAGAAGUUUGAGUGGGUUGAAGUUGAAGCAGCAGUAGCAGUAGCAGUAGCAGGAGAAGGUUCUUCUGUUAGGAAGUCUAGGAAGAGGAGGUUGAGGAAGGCGGCCAUUGUUGUUGAUGAUGAAGAAGAGGAGGCGGUAGACGGGAAUGUGGGUCCUAUUGAUGAUGAUGAUUCCAGCGACGAGGAUUGGGUGAAGAGUACAGUCGUUGAGGAGGAAGACUGUUUGGAGGAGAUGGAGUUGGUGGAUGAAGAGGAGGUUGGGAGUUUGAAGAGGAAGAGAGGAGAAGUUGCAGGUAGCAUGGCGAAGAAGAAGGGUAAGGAAGACGAUGGAGGUGACACAGAUGCAAGCAAGAAGAAGAAAACUGGGUUUGGAGUUGGUGUUUUCGGUAGCAAGCCUGCAAAACCAGUUACCAAAGUUCAAGAGGCAAAACCACCUAAUGUUGUUAGCAGCGCGGAUACUGAUGCAUUGGAGAGGUUUGGUAUUCGGGAAGAACAAAAGUUUCCAUUCCUUGGAAAAGAUCGUAUGGAUUCCAAAAGGAGGCGUCCUGGUGCUGCAGAUUAUGAUCCCAGAACACUUUACUUGCCUCCUCAGUUUCUGAAAAAUCUGACAGGCGGUCAGAGACAAUGGUGGGAGUUUAAAGCGAAGCAUAUGGACAAGGUCCUUUUCUUCAAGAUGGGCAAAUUUUAUGAGAUUUUCGAAAUGGAUGCACAUAUUGGUGUGAAAGAACUUGAUCUGCAAUAUAUGAGGGGAGAACAGCCACAUUGUGGAUUCCCUGAAAAGAAUUUCUCAAUCAAUGUAGAGAAACUAGCAAGAAAGGGUUACCGGGUCCUUGUAGUGGAGCAGACUGAAACUCCAGACCAGCUUGAUAUACGCCGCAGAGAAGAGGGAUCGAAAGACAAGGUAGUCAAAAGAGAAAUUUGUGCUGUGGUAACAAAAGGAACGUUGACCGAGGGAGAGAUGUUGUCAGCAAAUCCAGAGGCUUCUUAUAUUAUGUCAGUGAAUGAAAGUUGUCCUCUCUCUUCCAACAAGGAAGAAGAACGCCACUAUGGUGUAUGCAUUGUUGAUAUCACCACAAGCCGAGUAAUUAUUGGCCAGAUAAAAGAUGAUUUGGAGUGCAGUACUUUAUGCUGUCUUCUGUCCGAGUUAAGGCCAGUUGAGAUUAUUAAACCUGCUAAUAUGCUUAGUCCUGAGACUGAAAAGGCUCUCAUCAGAUACACUCGAAAUCCUCUCAUUAAUGACUUGGUUCCGAACGAGGAGUUCUGGAAUGCUGAUAGAACUGUCAGUGAACUCGAGAGUUUCUACAGUCGCAUCAAUAGUUCAUCUGUUUCUUCACUACAAAAGGAAGCAGCAGAUGCCACUAGCUCCAGUAUUAAAGACGAGUCGAGUGUACUGCCAGAUGUCGUAAAUGAGCUGUUGAGUGCUGGUAGAGAUGGUAGUCUUGCAUUAUCAGCUCUUGGAGGCAGCCUUUACUACCUGAAACAAGCUUUCUUGGAUGAGACUUUGCUUAGAUAUGCAAAAUUUGAGUCACUUCCGUGCUCUGGUUAUAGUAAUGUUUUUCAGAAACCUUAUAUGGUGUUAGAUGCUGCCGCACUUGAGAAUCUGGAAAUAUUUGAAAAUAGUGGAAAUGGAGGCUCCUCUGGGACAUUGUACUCUCAGCUUAACCAUUGUGUGACUGGUUUUGGAAAGAGGUUGCUUAAAUCGUGGCUUGCUAGACCCUUAUAUCACGCAGGGUUGAUUAGGGAGCGACAAGAUGCUGUGGCAAGCCUUAGGGAAAAUAUAUCAUUGGUGCUUGAAUUCCGAAAAGAGCUAUCCAAGUUGCCAGACAUGGAGAGGUUGCUCACGCGCCUCUUUGCUAGCAGUGAAGCUAAUGGAAGGAAUGCAAAUAAGAUCGUUCUUUAUGAAGAUGCUGCAAAAAAACAGCUUCAAGAAUUCAUAUCAGCAUUGCGUGCUUGUGAAGUAAUGAUUCUGGCAUGCUCUUCUCUAGGUUCUAUCUUGGCUAAUACUGACUCAGAAUUGUUACAUCAUCUGUUAGUUCCUGGCAAAGGUCUUCCCAAUAUGACUUCCAUCAUAAAGCAAUUUAGGGAGGCGUUUGAUUGGGUGGAUGCUAAUAGUACGGGUCGUAUAAUUCCUCAUGAAGGAGCUGAUGCUGUAUAUGAUUCUGCCAGUAAAAAGAUUAAGGAAAUUGAAUCUAAUUUAAAGAAACAUAUCGAGGAACAGAAAAAAUUACUUGGCUAUACUUCGAUUACAUAUGUCCAAGUUGGAAAGGACAUAUACCUGUUAGAAGUGCCUGAAAGAUUUAGUGCAAGUGUUCCCAAAGACUAUGAGUUGCGGUCAUCCAAAAAGGGUUUCUCCAGAUAUUGGACGCCAUAUAUCAAGAAGAUGGUAACAGAACUCGCACAGGUUGAAGCUGUGAAGGAAUCCAAACUAAAGUCCAUGUUGCAAGAUUUGGUUGGGCGUUUUUGUGAGCAUCAUACAAUGUGGAGAAGCUUGGUUUCUGCUGUUGCAGAACUGGAUGUUUUGACCAGCUUGGUAAUUGCAAGUGAUUAUUAUGAAGGACCAACAUGCCGUCCAAGUAUUUCAACUGGGUCCAAUACUAAUGAAGUACCUCAAUUAUCAGCUAAAAGUCUAGGGCAUCCUAUCAUUAAAAGUGAUUCUUUAGGCAGAGGUACAUUUGUACCCAAUGACAUUAACAUUGGUGGUUCAGACCAUGCUUCCUUCAUCUUGCUUACUGGUCCUAACAUGGGUGGAAAAUCAACUCUUCUUCGCCAAAUUUGCUUGGCUGUGAUUUUGGCUCAAGUUGGAGCAGAUGUCCCUGCAGAACACUUUGAGCUAUCGAUUGUUGACCGAAUAUUUGUUCGUAUGGGGGCAAAAGAUCACAUUAUGGCAGGACAAAGCACCUUUCUUACGGAGCUUUCAGAAACUGCAUCUAUGUUGACAUCUGCUACUCGUAAUUCACUUGUGGCAUUGGAUGAACUUGGGCGUGGCACUUCAACUUCAGAUGGACAAGCAAUUGCGGAAUCAGUCCUUGAACAUUUUGUCCGCAAAGUGCAGUGUUGCGGAAUGUUUUCCACUCAUUACCACCGAUUAGCAAUAAACUAUAAAAGAGAUCCCAAGGUCUCGCUAUGUCAUAUGGCAUGCCAAGUAGGAAAGGGCGAUAGAGGUGUGGAAGAAGUCACAUUUCUUUACAGGCUGAACCCAGGUGCAUGUCCCAAAAGUUAUGGUGUUAAUGUUGCACGCCUAGCUGGAAUUCCUGAUUGUGUACUGCUCAAAGCUGCUGCCAAAUCCAGAGAAUUCGAGGCAGUAUACGGUAGGCAGCAACAAAGAUCCAACAACAACGUUCGAGAUUGGGAUGAAAAGACCAUCAAAAAAUUCUUCCAAAAUUUGAUCAGUUUUGGUACUUCUUCAGUUGAUAGUUCCUCAAAUUCAAGUAUUGCCUCACUUACUCAGCUUCAACACCAAGCCAGGGUUCUUCUGGAACAAAAUUGAUUUCAUUGCAUCAAAUUAGUCCUAAUUUUGGUCAUCUAAAAUUAGUCCUACUCACUAGUAAUUAGGGCACUUGCACAUAAGCCUCCUAAUAUCCAGGAUCGGGUUUUUGUCAGUCAUUCUGGUCCUGCGCGUAGCCUAACCUCGUAGAAAUAGAUGAUUCACAUUGUACAUCAGGUAAUGUUUCUAAUUAGGGGUGGACACGAACAUAACUGCUCGUGAACAGUACGGAAUUGGCUCGGUGAAAGUUCGGUUCGUUCAUUUAUAAACGAGCAGAGCUUAAGCUCGAAAAUAUAGGUCGAUUAAUUAACGAGCCGAACUCAAACUCCACUGAGUUCGGCUCGAAAGCUUUCGAACUUUACUUUUUCCGAAAAAAAAAAACUAAUUGUAGAAUCACUCUUGUACAUGAUCAUUGUAUUUACCCUAAUGUCGAAAUUAUUGUGAUUAUCAUUAAUCUAUGUUAUCCAAGUGGGUUAGUUGUUUGACUUCA